AUAAGCACGCAAACCCAACAUUACUGCUGACAUUCCCGCACUUAUUCGUCCAGCCUCGAUAUCGCAACGAGACUUUAAAUUGUUACCGCCAAGAAAUAAUGGAGAUGAAACCGUUGUUGGUAAACAGUUAGCUGAAAUAGGAAGCAAGACGCAACAAUGCAGAAUGCAGGAAUUAUUUUGCCUGCUCGAUUCCUCUGUAUUAUGGCUCACAUAAUCAUCACUAUUACAAUUUUCUGGUCCAAGAAUGCAAAUGUUGUUGCUUGUUUACCACUGAGAUAUACAACUACAGAAUAUGACACAAAAGAUACAGAGUUGACAGUCGGGUUGAGCAUCUCUCUUGGUCUCCUGGUCAUUGAACUGAUAAGUUUUUUUGCUGGAGUCUCAAUGUUCAAAGCUGGAAUAAGCAUGCUGUCUGUGAUUUGCCAUGCAUCAGCUGCUAUAACACUCUCACUGUUUGUUUUAAAUUCUAUGGAUUGUGAUGCCUUCUGGUAUGUUUUUGGCUUUUGCUGUGCUCUCCCAACAGUGAUAGAGUUCUUUGCCAUAAUUGGUUACUGCAGAUCCAUGACAAGGUAAAAGGAAGGCAGAUAUGAUGCACCUCAGUAGCCAAGGUUGGCAUGGACUCCGUCAUCUUGAUGGCAUUACCGUCGUUGCUCAAAGUAAAGUAUCCAAGAGUUUAGCAACAGAACAAGAUGUGAAGAUCAUUGUCUUAAAGACAUUUCUGUGCAGCACUGGUAUUGAUAGAGAAUCUAGAAGGGUGGCUGCUAGAUUUUACAGAAUCAAAAAAGAGAGAUGAUCUUUAGUGUUUUGUAACAUCGAAUUUUAUAAGCAGUUGUCUGUUGUAACUCUGAGAGAUGAUGUAAAAAUGUAGCCAAAUCAUCAAUAUAUACCGGAGUCAAGAACAUUACUCGAAUUAUUUUGUGUUCCUGUAAACAGUCAACUAUUUUACAAUGCAUUAUCUGUUUCUUUCUUAAAGCAAAAUUUUAUUGCUGAUCCACUGUAAAACGUGACUGGCAUCUUUUAGUCUCAACAUUAUAUAUAAUUAGAUUGCAUUUAGGUUUUUCAUACUCAUAAAAUAUUAUAAAGCCUCGAUGGCAGUUAGGCAGUGUCUCUUUAGUAUGAACAAGAAACUUUGAAGUUAAAGUGAGAUUACAUAAAUUGACCUACUUAUACUGGCAUGCAGUCACCUUACCUUGAAUCUUUGAUAAUGAACAGUUUUGAAAGCCGUGUUGCUUUAAGUUAUUCCAAACUUAAUCAUAAGUUUUCGCCAAACUUAAUCAUCGCCAAGUUUUCUUGCUUCUUUUACGAGGCUACUUUUACUUCAUUCUUGCGAAAGUUGAUUUGAUUUAAUUAUUCAUUCUCAGCCUGUUCUGUUUUUGUAUUCUUCCCGAACUUUAUCUCAGUCUAUUUAAAAAUAUUUGCUUUAGUUAUGCACACUGCAAAACAUGACUUGUUAACAAUAUUUAAAAUAUUUACGAAAAAUGUCACUGUAUAUUCACAUUAUUUGUUAGUAUUUUGUUGUAUUGUAUCAAGUUUAAUUUAAGUUGUAAAUAGUUUAUUGAUCGUUCAUUUGAUUC